CCUGCGAGUUUGUGAAUACAUUUGGAAGUUUUUGGACACGUUUUCCAACGCAAAACGUGAAAUUAAGUCGACAAGAGAAGACUUGUGGGAAGAAAAAAAGAAAGAAAAAGAAAAAAAAGAUGCUGGAUCGUUGUAACCAAACUGUUCAGUCACUGCUCUUUGGAUGCCUGGCUUGUCUUGUGGUGACCUCUGUUGUAAAUGCAGAUGGUCGAGUUUUUGUGUUGGACCUGAGGAACUCCUCUGGCCUGCAGGGCUUCAGAGAUGCUGAGCAAGCUUGCGCCUCACAACAUGCCCGCUUGGCAUCAGCAGAGGAGCUCCGUCACGCCGUGGUGGAGUGCUUCUUCUCCCCGUGCACCCGUGGGUGGCUCUAUGGAGGGACAGUAGGGACCACGGUGUGUAACAUUGUGGGCAGCGCACUGAAAGCUGUGGAUGUGAGGAUAGAGAAUGCUACAGACGACACAACGCACCUGGACGCCUUCUGUGUCAAAGACAAAGACGUGCCGUGUGGAGACCCUCCAUCCUUCCCUAACGCACGUCUGCAGGGGCACUCUGGGUUCGAGAUGGGCGACGAGCUGCUGUACUCGUGUGUUCCAGGUUAUGUGAUGCCCAGUGGACAAGCUGCCUUCAGCCUGCUGUGCGACAGCUGUGGGGAGUGGUAUGGACUGGUGCAGAUUUGUGUCAAGGAUGAGACUGAAAGUCACGUAGACUACGAGGACAAGUUCACGGAUUCCUAUGGGGAGGCCGAGCACCACAACGUGAGACCAGAGGAGGCUCAUGGUGAGACGUAUGAGGAGGUGCAUGGAGCUGCACAUCCAGAUGGGAAGACGAGUCACGUGCAGCAAGAGACAAGUUUCAGUGUCAAAGUCGAGGAGGAGCACCAAGACCAGCAUGGAGAGCCUGAAGUGGGAGGAAAGGUGACUGAGCAUGGUGAAAAAGAGGCUGUAGAGAAAGGAGAAAAAAGUGAGGAACGGGCUGUCGAGGACUUCACAGGUCAUCCUCGGUGGGAGCAGGAGAGGAGGGAAGUGGUCCGGACUGAUGCAGCUGCAGCCACAGAGGCACCCGUCUCUCUUCUCUCCCAAAAACACCUGUUCUGGUUCCCCUCCGAGGCUUUCCAGGAGGAGGAACCUCUUGUCUCCACCAACCCGGCCACACAGACAACACAGAGAGCCUCAGGCGCUCAAUCAGAGGAGAGCAAAGAGCAUGAGAGCCAAGAAAGACCUCACCACCAACGUCCUGUUGAUGCUGACGAUCAUCAUCACGAUCGCGACAGCUAUGAUGGUCCUGAUGAUAACGAUGAUCAUGAUGACAGCCGCCACGAUGACCAGGACGUCCAUGAAGACAGCCACUAUGAUGAUCACUAUGACAGUCACCAGGACGAAGACCAUGAGGAGUCUGUGAAGCAUCCAGCUCAGCAUGAUGAUCUGGACAGUAGGGAACACCACGACAAACACGAUGAUCACGAUGAUCACAAUGAUCACGAUGAUCACGAUGAUCACGAUGAUCACGAUGACCACUACGACAUGGGCGAACACGAAGAAGACCGUGAUCGUGUUCGCUAUGGCAGUCAGGAGUAUGAUGAUCGAGAUGACACUUAUGACGAUCACGAUGACCAUGGCGACGAUGAUGGAGAACAUCCAGACGUUUCUGAGGAACAUCCAGACCAUGACGACCACGAUGACGGUGAGGAACAUUACGACCAUGAAGACGACCAUUACUCUGACCAUGACGAUCACGAUCACGAUGAUCAUGAUCACAAAGAAGAUGACAGCUAUGACGACCACGACAGCCACGAAGACGAUGAUGGUCGUCAGCACUUGAUCGUUUCUAUAGCAACUGAUGAACGUCAGAACGCCUCCCACAGAGGAGCGGGGGUAAAGGCCACCACAGAUGAGACCUGGCUGGACGGCUACCCAGUUGUUCCAGCAGAAACAGAAAACGGUGACUCCACGGAGGGGAGACCAGAGGGUAAAGAAAGGGGGAGUGUUACCAAGACAACAGACAGACCCAAUGAGGUGGAAAUUCGUCGGCCUGUUUCUUACACCAGCUUACCAGAGGAGCACGAAUCUCCCACCACUGUGCCUGAAUUGGAUCAAGGGGUGGUGGAGGAGGUAUGGCCCAGCUUCAUCAGGACCCCUGCUCCCUCCGCUGACCAUUUAGAUCCUUCGGGCUCCCCCUCAUACUCUGACACCCUGGACUACGACACACAACAGGCAGCUCCCACCCACUCCUGGCUGGGCGACCUCACCGAACACCCCUUCCUCGAUCACGGCCCAGCUCCUCCGGUGCACGACGACAACGUCUUCACCGGAUCGAUGGAGGAGCACAACCUGCCCGGUGAGACCGGUGAGAGGGGCGAUGUGGAGGGGGAGAUGGGGGAGACGAUCUGUGUGGGUGAGAACUGCCCUCCUCGUCCUCCAAGCUCCUCCAGUCGAGGUCCAACGGUGGCGGCCAUAAUCGUGGCGGUGUGCGCAGUCGCCACGGCGGUCAUCGUCGGGGUGUGGUGUUACCGACGGCAGCAGCAGAAGAGUUCGGUAUAUGAGAUGAAUGGGAAGGGCCAAAGUCAGAGCAGACAGGGCCAACAGAUAGAGAUGCAGCAGAAGGUGUAGGAGCCACAGAUGAGGAGAGGGACACUGACGGGAGCUGAUGGCAAGGAUGGGAAGAUUCAGAUGAAUUUUGAAGGAAAGCACAGCUCCUCAUCCUGUUAGAAACUACUGCAUAUUUGAAGAUUUUGAAUAGGUAUAAACAGAUAACUUGCUGCAGCUCUGCCUUCAUAGCAAAACUUUGCCGAACCAGCAGAAAAUUUUAGUAAGAAACUUGGGCGAAACAAGAGGGUAAGAGUUAUCGAUUCCAAGGAAACCCAUCUGUCUUUCUUAUACCUAUCCAUUAUUUUUAAAGCUCUGGCAUCUAGCUGGACACCUAAAGGUGCUGUGACUGGGCUGGACUCAACUCCAGGAACUGAAAAAGGAGAUUAUAAAUAAAUGACCAUGUAGGAAAACCACACAAACACAAGGCCUGCCUGCCUGAAUAUACGAACUGAGAUUUCAACCUCCAAAGCUCUUGGACAUUGUGGUAAAGAUUCUCUGUGUUACCUUUUGUUGAUUUUAUUGAUUGCUCUUUUAAUUUUUGAUAUGUACUGCUCUGGAUUUAUCAUUCAUCUUUUCUGUUCUUUUUUUUUUAUGUUGAUAAAAACUGUAUUUCACUUGUUACUCGACCACAAGAGUGUUGAAGUUCAGAACAAUUCAAACCAAUCGCAGCAGAUUCGGGCAGCUUGUCCCAAAAGAACCGUCUGGUGUCUGUCAGACCGGAAAGAACGGAGACAAAAAGGUGAAUACGGUCAGGUCAGAUGAAGAGAAGCGAGAAGGGAAGGAAAAAGAGGUGCAGUAUGAUGGGAAGAGUAUUUUUAAGACUGUUGGUUUUGACAGUCGGCUGGUGAGACGUAUAGAGGCUUCCAGACUGCAGACUCAGCUCCGUGUAUGUGUGUGAUAGCGUGUGUGUGUGUGUGCGUCUCAGCUCGCCGGUCAUCGUGUUUGAAGUUUCCGACUGAGGAACCGGAGUGGAUGCUGACGGCAUUCAAACCAAGCAGAGACUAAACAUUGAGGUGCUACCAUGGCAACAGAGAAUCACAACCCUAAUUGGUUUGAACUUAAAUUGAUGUUCUGAAUGCUAAGAGUGUCGUCGUCUCCCCCCUAUUAAAGUUCAAUAAAGUAAAUGUAUUUAGAAAAAAUCUAAACUGGGGCUGAAGCACAAGGCCCAAAAUAUACUGUAUAUACGUAAAAGAUAAAUUUAAUAUUUUUAAUACAUCAAUUGGUGAUGUUUCCUCAUUUGUGUCCCGGUUAUUCACAACAUGACGAGGGUCUUCUUGACUGGGAUUAUUUGGCCGUUUAUUGUCUGAUUAGACUUAAUUGGUUGCUAAUUUCGAACAAUGUAUUUAUCUUUUAAAAAAAUCUGUCAUGAACAAAUGAGGCUGAUUAAAAUUGAUAGGUUUUGCCCUUUUCAUUUGGUUUAUUUUCCAGCCUAAAUAAAAAAAAACAAAGGUAUCUGUAGUGUGUUGUAGCUCUGUAUACUUUCAUGAUAUUCUCUCCAUAUUGUGUCAACUAUUUGAAAUAUUUAAAAUAGAAAUAUAUACAAAAGAGUGUAAAUAAAUUCAAAAUAGCCAUAAGAGUGUUUACAUUUCAGUGUCAGAGUGUUCUUCUCUUGAUAAAAAAAAAAAAAAAGAUCUGUAGCACAAUAACUUAAAUAGAAAGUGCUUUAAUUACAAUUAUUGUGAAUGAUGAUGAGUAGAUGAGGCAUUUUACGGUGUCAUCAGUUUUUUCUUAUAUUCAAGUCAACAUCCAGCUGAUUUCUGAGAAGCAUUUUAAUAGUUAUUUUUCAUUUGCAAGUAUUUCAUCAAACGUUUUCAUUUCUGAAUUGAUGCUAAUACGGUGAGAACCUGAGGAAUGAGGUGCCUGUUGUCUGUUUGUUUCUGUAAAUAGGAACCUAUUAACUUGCUGUACAUACUGUAGCAUCACUGGUGUGUGGGACAUACAUUUUAGAUUUACUGUACGUUUUCUUCUUCGCCAAAUCCUUCAAACACGGUCGGCAUUAGACACAGGUCUUACACAGGGUACGCUCAUCUUACUUCGCCUGCUGUUUAAACACAAACUCUGUAUUUGUAGUUGUGUGAAUAAAAACCACACUGUAGAUCAUUGAGCCUCUCUGGACUCCUAAUAAUAACCAUGAUUAUUAAAAUACUGACACUCGUUUAGGGUUUUAAUAGGAAAAGCUAUUAAAACUAACUUGCUCACUGUCAUUCACAAGCUGCAAAGAUUCUUCCUUUUUCUUUUUCAUCUCAAACAGCCUGAUGUGUUGGAUGUCAGGAUGAAAUGUGUACUGUAUGUGUGUUCUCUGAGUCACAAUAAACUUCUAAACAUGUGGUUUUACCUCUA